CAAUUUUCUGACGCUGGUCCUUCUUCACUAGCAGGGAAUAAGUUAUAUGAAGAUUCAUUUACUCAUCUUAACCCUCCCUCUAUAACUGAAGUCCCUAAUAGCCAGAGAUCUCUAGUCUCUACGCAGAUUACUGAUUUUCUAUCACCUCUACCCUCUGCUCCUCAAUUUCUUCAACGUGGUGGACCUCCUAAGCAGAAGACUGAGAUGAAUAAGACUGAAUUUAUUCAGUGGUGGAUGGAGACGCAACCUUCUAACACACAGAAAAAGAUGCACUGGGACGCUAAACGAACUUCUGACGUUUAG